UUGCUCGGAGCAGGAGUGGCUGAUCCCUGGGAGCAGUGGGGAGCCCAGACCUCUGGCCCCAUCUGCUUGUGCUCUGGGGCAGAGCUCUCUGGCCUCCCCUCUGCAGACUGCAGGAAGGAAGGUUGGUGUGCGGGACGUCUCAAAGGUUUGGUGUCAGGGAUCGUACCUGACAGGGCUGCACUCACUCUGCUGCCGAAAUUUCAAAAUGAUCAAAGGAACCACAGUAGAGUGAAGAAAUACUACAUUUGCUGAUGAAUUCUGCGGCCUGUAAUGAGUUCAUCCCAGGAAGCAAAAUUCACGCUUGCUGCAAGAAGUCCUGCAAAAUAAUAAUUGGAAAAAAAGCAGGGGGAAAAAAAAGCCAUAAAAAAGAUCCUAGCAGCACCAAUAUGCAUUGAUUUAGAGAUUCAUGCGUGAGACUCCUGGUUUUGGGAAGACUAACUGUCUUGCUUUUGGAAGCACUGGAAAUCUGAAGUUCAUGCUCAUGAGAAGUCAAAUUCAAGAGCCCGUGUUACUCAGUGUGGCUGCGGAUUGCAGAGGCGACAGUAACAAGUCAAGCAUUCUCUGUGAAGAAGGAGUUUCAGCUGUGUCCUUGUGUGUGCACUGCCGGCUGAGAGAAAUAGCAGCCAGGCUGGGAUAAAAUGCCAGCGAGGGGUAAAUACUUCUUCAGUGAAAGCGAUGACUGCAGGAUCACAGACCCUCUCUAUGAGAAGUACCGUUACACGAGCCAGCAGCUUCCACUCCUGCUACUGCUGCUCUUCAUUGCAAUCAUCUUCUGGACCACACUAAUUAUUAUCUUUUUUGUCAAAGAUGAAGCACGUAUUCAUCUUGCCUUCAUUAUUGCAGUAUGUGCUGUUCUUGUCAUAUUUUCAGUCAUGUACUUACUUUUAUGUAUCGAAUCCUUAUUUCGGAGAUGGCUAACCUUAUUUGGAGUUACAAUUUGGAUUUGCUUCUUAACGAUAGGUUACAUUCCUCUUCUUGAACGAGGAGAUUAUUUUUCAGCAUGGGAACAGGUGCCAUUUUUUCUGUUCAUAAUCUUCACAGUGUAUACCAUGCUACCCUUUGGGAUGAGAGAUGCAAUCAUAAUUAGUGUUCUUUCUGCUCUCUCCCAUAUUAUCGUUCUAAGUGUGUUAUCCAAGGAUUCUUAUGCAGAUAAAAGAUCCAUUCUGUUUCAGGUACUUGCCAAUGCUGUCGUUUUCCUUUGUGGUAAUUUGAUGGGUGCAUUUCACAAACGCCAGAUGCAGGUUGCUUCGUGGGAUUUGUAUAGAUACACGUUAAAGUGCAUUCAGGUCCGAAUGAAACUGAAGAUUGAAAAGAGGCAACAAGAAAAUUUGCUUUUAUCCAUACUGCCAGCUCAUAUAUCUAUGGAAAUGAAGCUGGCAAUCAUAGAGCGACUAAAGGAAACUAAUGAUAAUAGGCAAAUGCAUGACAACAACUUCCACAUUCUAUACGUUAAAAGGCAUGAAAAUGUUAGUAUUCUCUAUGCAGACAUUGUAGGAUUUACUCGCCUUGCCAGUGACUGCUCUCCUAAGGAACUAGUAGUGAUGCUGAAUGAACUUUUUGGAAAGUUUGAUCAGAUUGCAAAGGAGAACGAAUGCAUGAGAAUAAAAAUCCUGGGAGAUUGUUACUACUGUGUCUCAGGACUACCUGUGUCCUUGCCGGUCCAUGCCAGAAACUGUGUUAAAAUGGGACUGGACAUGUGUGAAGCAAUAAAGCAGGUGAGAGAAGCUACAGGUGUGGAUAUCAACAUGAGAGUUGGCAUUCAUUCUGGGAACGUGCUGUGUGGUGUGAUCGGCCUCCGCAAGUGGCAGUACGACGUCUGGUCUCACGAUGUUUCCUUAGCCAACCGUAUGGAGUCUGCAGGCGUACCUGGUCGUGUACACAUCACUGAAGCAACGCUAAAUCACUUGGGCAAGGCUUAUGAAGUAGAAGAAGGAAAUGGACACCUUAGAGAUCCUUACCUUGAAUCCAUGAAUAUCAAAACCUACUUGGUGGUUGAUCCAAGGUCCAAACAGCGCAUAUCAAAUAAUCAUCUUCCUAAAACAAGAGUGAAUGAUGGGCUGAAGAUGCGGGCAUCUGUUCGGAUGACACGUUAUUUAGAGUCCUGGGGAGCAGCCAGGCCCUUUGCCCACCUAAACCACAGAGAAAGUGUGAGCAGUGACUCUUCGACUUCACAAGGAAGGCAAAGAAAGGAAAUACCUCUGUGUUCCACUGGGCGCCAGAGGACUUCUGACAGAAAUUCCUCUCAGAAGGGAAGAAUAGAGGAAGAUAUUUAUGAUGAAAUGAUGUCAACCAUUGAAGGACUCAGUUCAACUAACCCAUGGUGUGGCAAAUCUGAUGACUUCUGUGGAUUUUCACUGAUAUUUGCAGAACCUGGUCUUGAAAAAGAGUAUCGCACCAUUACCAUUCUGAAACUGAAGAGUUACUUUGCGUGUGCAAGUUUUGUGUUCCUCUGUAUUUUUCUGAUACAAGUGUUUGUAAUGCCCAAAACUGCAAAACUAGGAAUUUCCUUUGGCAUCGUUGGAAUCAUCAUUGUACUUAUUUUGUUUGUGUGCUUUGCUGAGAAAUGUAUGAAGUGCUGCUCAGAAAGGUGGCCUUUCCUACGCCGUCUUUGCAUUAUCUCAGAAAAAGUGGAAACAAUGCCUUUACUUAGGCUUCCUUUAGCAUUCAUCACCAUAGGUGCCUUGUUGAUUAUAGCCAUUUUUAACUUGACUACUGAAAGGAACAGUGCUGCAAACUUUACUGGAUCAAAUGGCUUGAAUGGCACUGCCAAUGCGACCUAUGUCUUCAUUUCUCAGUCAUUUGAAAACACAACUGAAUACUUCGUUGAAGAAACUUAUUAUGCUUAUUGCUGCAUUUUGGGGUUCAUUGCUUGCUCAGUAUUCCUUCAAAUGAGCUUCGAACUCAAAGUUCUCCUCCUGUCCAUUGCUGUAACUGUAUACCUCAUCAUUUUUAAUACCCUUCCAUAUAGAAACACGAGUGUCUCUGUCAACGUUACCAGGCUUUUCAUUGAAGAGCCAAGAGUAAUGAUUAAUAUAUAUCUGGUUCUGUUCUACAUAACCCUAAUGUUACUUGCAAAGCAGAUUGACUAUUACUGUCGACUGGAUUGUCUGUGGAAGAAUAAGUUUAAAAAAGAACAUGAGCAGUUUGAAACAAUGGAGAAUGUCAACAGGCUGUUACUGGAAAAUGUACUUCCAGCACACGUCGCUGCCUAUUUCAUUGGUGAAAAGCGAAAUGAGGACUGGUACCAUCAAUCUUAUGACUGUGUCUGUGUCAUGUUUGCAUCAGUGCCAGAUUUUAAGGUGUUUUAUACUGAGUGUGAUGUCAAUAAAGAAGGUCUGGAAUGCUUGCGACUGUUGAAUGAAAUCAUUGCUGAUUUUGAUGAGCUCUUGUUAAAACCUAAAUUCAGUGGUGUUGAAAAAAUAAAAACAAUUGGAAGCACUUACAUGGCAGCAGCUGGCCUCAGUGUCACACCGGGCCAAGAGAACAACCAGGAUAAGGAGAGACAACAUGCACACAUUGGGAUUAUGGUGGAAUAUGGAAUUGCCUUGAUGAGUAAACUGGAUGGCAUCAACCGACAUUCCUUCAACAACUUCCGAUUACGUAUUGGGAUAAAUCAUGGUCCUGUGAUUGCUGGUGUAAUUGGUGCCCGGAAGCCUCAGUAUGAUAUCUGGGGUAACACCGUUAAUGUUGCCAGCAGGAUGGAGAGUACAGGGGAGCUUGGAAAAAUCCAGGUCACAGAAGAAACGAGUAGAAUACUACAGGACCUGGGAUAUUCGUGUGAAUGUAGGGGACUCAUUAACGUCAAAGGAAAGGGAGAACUGAGGACUUACUUUGUUUGCACCGAGACAGCCAAAUUCCAAGGUAUUGGACUGAACUGAGGCUAAGACAAAGUUAAUGCAAGUAGGCUUUGAACUGCCUCCCUUCUGUGAAGACUUAGAACUUCCCUCCUUAUGUGAAGGAGACUAUUCUAAAAAUACACAGAUAGUAUUCAUAGUUCUUCUGCAUCGAAAGAUAGGAGAAUGUGUGUGUUUUUGGUGUUUAUUUUUUUCAGUUUUUUUUAAUCUUCGAAAGAAGCUCUGAAAAGUUCCUAGCAAACCACCAGUCUGAGAAAGACUGCCUUUUCCUGAAAGGAUUUCAGGAUUUACCUGGAAUUGCCGUGAAGCAUUCUCUGUUGGUUCCUUUCUUUACUUGCACUGUGAGAGUCUAAUAGCUCCAGUAACAAACUAUGUGGAUGCACUGCUGAGCUCCUUUCCUGUUAAAAUAUUCCACUGCUUCAUUUUUUGUCACAUAGCACACAGUAUUGCAUUUGUCACAGACGUAUUGAAAUGAUUCUCCAGGCGCCGCACAUCCUGCUAUUAAUGCUCAACAAACUUCAUGGCAGAAGACAGCAGAAUAAUGGAAAGAGAAAUACAAGUAAGCUCCGAGCUGAGCGCCUUUGAGGUGGAAAAAAAAAAGUAAUUGCACAGAUUUGGAUGACUUCUUCAUUAUCUUCUCCUCCUCCACUGCAGUAUCAUGUAUUAUGCAAGUGUUUUCCUAACCAGCAGCUGUCCAGAAAUCUUUCAUCUAGUUCGGGGUGUUUACAUUAUAUAUGUUGCCCCUUGUGUUUAUGCGCCUCUGUAUUUAACACCUGCAUGCAUGUAUUUUACAGUCAUACAGGAGAAUGGUCUUUAAAAAUCUGGCUUGAAAUUUCAAAAAAAUAUACCUAGUGCAGUUUCUGCUGAAUGCUUGGUUAGACAGACUCUGUUACCAGCUUCUAGCACUGACGUCCAGCUGGAAUUCUGCAUACUGACUGCAUUCUUGAAUGUUUUUGUAGAAGAAAAUAAUCUGUUUUGAAUUAUUUGGAAACUGAAAAACAGAUCUAAUGAAAUAGUAUUAGAAACAGUAGCAGAUACUCUAUAAACAGAGCUGCAGCUGAGAUGAGUUUGCCUUUUUUAAUUUUUUUCUAUUUUGUUUCUUCAACUUGAUUGGCUUCUUGCUGAUUUACAUUCCUUUUAAAGGCAGUGCAGUUUAUGAAACAAUUUGGUUUUGAAGAUUACAGCAGGAUAUGUGGAAAAACAUGUUCAUAAUGGAAAUGCUUGAGCAGAGCCUCAAUGCUGAAAAGUAGGCCUAGUGCAUUGGUAAGGUGAUCACAGAAACUGGCUUGCUGUAAGUUGGUUUGUAAAGUUUUUAAGGUGUUAAUAGUUCAAGCAAAAAUCUAAAUUAGCCUUUACCUGCUUACAGUCAAUCUAUUUUCUGCUGGUGGAGAUGACCUUUUUUUCUAAUGAUGAGGUCUUCUGGCUAAAUAUAUGUAUUAACUAAGGAUGCGUUCUCCCCUUAUCCCUUAGAACCCCAUGGAGUUUGACUAAACAGCACAGUGAUUAAUAAAUGCAACAUCUGCUUUGUUAAGCCUUACUCUUUUACAAACAAAGCAGCAUCUACUAAUUUGAGGGGUUCAUACCAAAUUAUACUGGAAAAGAUUUUAACAAGCAGUCAUACAUUACUGCCACUUUCUAAUUACUGUGUAAUUUCUUUAGGAAAUGGAGUGACUGUUUCAAGGCAGAAACAAAUCUAAAUACUGUGGAUUUUAAAAACUGUACUUACAGUCUGUCACAUUGGUAGGUCAAAACUAUGUUUGUAGUAAUUCUCCAACAGGAAACAGCAGGCUAGAAAACCUUAGUUUGAGGUUGUCAGGCUCAUGUAUGGACUCUGCUGAGGAUGGAAACUUCAUACUCGGUGUCUUCUCAGUAUCAGGUCAGUGUUGUAAUAGAAUAAACUCUCAAAGAGCUUUUGCUACUCUUGUACGAUGUGUGUUUGUAAUACCAGAUGCUCUACAAGGCAUUUGUUUUGAGAUAUUUAUUUAUUGUGUUAUGAGGACCAUGCAUGUGUGAAAGACUCAGCAGUCUUUCAUGUCGUAUGGUAGUUAGGUGAAGUGGCUAUUUGCCUUGUUAAUAUAUUUUGAAAAAUGCAUCAUGCCUAUAGCUAGAGCUGGCUCUAAAGUUCACAGCACUAGUAGAAUUUAGAUGUAAGUCAUCUAUGGAAAAAUACUGGCUGUCACUAACAGCAUUUUGAAAUGCUUUUGUUUACACUGUAUUGCCUGUCAGGCUAGUGACUUGCUUGGGCAUACCUUAACCUAUAGAAACCUGUUGCUUUUGAACUGGAACUAGUAAGUUUUUUUUCUUUUGUUUAAAAGGACAUUGUGUCCUGCUCACUGAAUUUUAGUUUGGGUAACAGAUUUAUGUAAAGAAACAGGGGUUCAUAGCUGAAGAUGACUAACUUCUAUAGUAUGCAAAUCCAUUCCUAACAAGAAAUUGUAUACUAUACUAGGAAAACUACUCAACUACAAAAAAGUUCAAUUUAAGAGACAACUGUUCAUUGAUCUUAAGAGAACUGUGAACUUAAAACUGAGAAAGUGAUCUUAUUAGAAAAUCUUCACAGCGUUAUUGUUUUUUGAACUAUGAAAAUGACACUGUAUCUAAUCUGAAGAGCUCAUAAUGUUUUGAAUUAACAAUCUAUUUUAAAGAACAAACUUUUGUUUUUAUUAUUAAAUAAACAACUUCCUGAAA